AGACCAAGACCUCAGUUGUCGUUUGGCAUCCGUGAGGGGAGGACGUACUGUACUUCGUCUCCCUCCUGAGCCUCUCGCCAUGAGCAUAGACUUAGAUAAGCACCGGGACUCGAUUGUGAAGGCGUUUAAUGAUGUAGUGAGUGACAAGAAGCCCGAGGACUGGGCACUUUUUGGAUAUGAAGGGCAAACUAAUACAUUAAAAGUCAUAGGAACAGGAGAGGAUGGACUGGAGGAGUUAGCAGAUGACCUGAACAGCAGCAAGAUUAUGUACGCUGUAGUGAAAGUCAUCGAUCCAAACACCACCAGACACAAGAUUGUCCUCAUCAACUGGCAAGGAGAAGGGGCGCCAACCGUACGGAAGGGAACAUGUGCGCGUCACCUCCACGAUGUGCGCCGACUGCUUCAGGGCGUACACGUGACUGUGAACGCACGGGUGGAGGAGGAGGUGGAGCCGGAGGUGGUGAUGGCCGCGGUUCUCAAGGCGUCUGCGUCAUGCUACAACUUCAGCGAGCGCUCCGAGACUGGCGACAGAACUGCUCCUGUGAGCGGUUUAGUUAAUACGUUCAUACAAGGAGAGGCUGAGCGGGCCAUGGGGACCAACUAUCGCCGCACCAAUCCACUUGCUGAGAUCGAUUCCCGCUCCAGGAACAAGUUUUGGGAGCAGCAGGAGGAGGAGGAGAAGAGGAGGAAACAAGAGGAACAACAGCGCAAGGAAGAGGAGCUGAGGAUACUGGAGAAGGAGAGGAAGCAACGAGAGAUCCUGGAGGCACAGCACAGGGAACAGCUGACCAAGGAGAGAAACAGUCGAAUCCUUGCUGGGCGGCGGGCGGAGGAGGAGGCUGACAGGCAUGUGUCGGCCAAUCAGCAGCAGUGGCAGGAACAGUCGGCAAGUGAACAGCAGGCAGAAGAGGAUGAGAGGAGCAGGAGGGCUGAGGUGAUGAGGCAGCAGAGGAAGAAGGAGGCGGAGGCUCUGAUUGGUGGACGCACACACGCCGCCCGGGACUUGUUUGAGCAGCAGACCACCGCCACCACCGCCGCCGCCGCCACCAACCGCCCACCACCACGGAGGCUAAAGGAAUUCAACCCUGUUAAUAAUGUGAGAGAGGACCUCCAAGACACACCACAGCAACAGCAACAGCAGCAGCAGCACAGCGGCCCCAGCAGAGGCGUCACAGCACGGUGGCCCCCUGCUGGUGCCUCCCCCUCCCCCACGCAGCAGAUGUCCACCCCUUCCCCAGCACAGAGGAGGACCACUACUGCUGCCGCCACCGCCCACCACACCCCGGUACAGGACAUGAUUCCGCCGCAGUCCUCACCCCCCGGCCCCCCCUCCAAGCAGCCGCCCACUGAGUCACCCCAAACAGCACAUCCGAAUGGCCUCCACCAGUCCGAGCUGAGAAAUGGCAUGGCGUCCCCUACCAGGCAGAAUGGGUCCACCUACCACCACCAUCACCACCAGACCACCACCACCACCACCACCACCGCCACCACCGCCGCCAUGGGGGAGGCUGUGUCUGUCAUUGAUGAGAGCGCUGGAAUGGUGUAUGAGGUUGAUGGGGUGGAGUACCAGAUUCUUCCGGAACAUGGGCUGUGUGCGCGUGCCCUGUAUGACUACCAAGCAGCCGACGACACGGAGAUCACCUUUGACCCUUCAGAAAUCAUCACCAAUAUUGACCGGAUUGACGAGGGAUGGUGGCAAGGGGUGGGUCCUGACGGCAUGUAUGGCCUCUUCCCCGCCAACUAUGUGGAGCUCAUCAACGAGGGGAGAGGAGGAGGAGGAGGAGGAGGAGGAGGUGGUGUGUGAGGGAAGGAGUGGUUUAGUGAGGUGUGUGUGUGUGUGAAAUUGGUGAAGGUAGAGGUGGAGGUGGAAAACGUGUGCGUGUGUUUAGAGAGAGAGAGAGAGAGAGACUUUUUAUUAUUUUCUUUCUUUUUGUUAUGAUUUUUGGGUAAUGAGUAAAAUGGAUUAGUGAUUAUUAUUAUUACUACUACUAACUAUUAUUACUAUUAUUAUUAUGACAACGCAUUCAUUAUUUGUGAAGUUAUUUGAUGUUUUUUGUGGUUAAUUUGUGAUUUUUUUUAUAUUACUUAUCUUUCCUUGGAUUUGUAUUGCUUCCACUGCCCAGUUUAUUGCACUGUUAUUAUUAUUAUUAUUAUUAUUAUUAUUAUUAUUAUUAUUAUUAUUAUUAUUAUUAUUAUUAGAGAGAGAACAGAUAAUGCAAAGUUUCCCACACACACACACACACACACACACACACACACACACACAGGUGAAAUAUUUUCCAUACAAUUAAUUUAAUUUUAUUUUUUCUUAUGGAAAUUUAGUAGCCGAGAUAUUUUACUUACCCUAAACUUUAUCUUUUUCCUUUUUUCCUUUUUUUCUUGUUUUUCUUUUUGUUUUUUUCUUUUUUCUUUAAUAUUUUCUUUUCUUUUCUUUCUCCUUUUUUCUUUUAUCUUUUUCUUCUUUUACUUU